CCCCCUCCCUCCCCCAUGCCCUGCCUUGCUACCCACCCCCACCCGUCCUCCCUACCCACCCCCCACCCUCUACCCAUCACCGCCGCCACCACCGCCCACCACCCACUACCGCCGCUGCUGCUGCUGCUGCUGCCUCGCCGCCUCAAGUGCCCUCCAGAGUCGUCCUGGGCCAGAGUCAGUCACGGUCGCGUCCUGGUGGUGUCCAGAUCGUCUCUCCUUCCGUCCCCGCCCUCAGCCUCAGCCAUGCCGAGCCGCAACAAGGAGCUGGAGCAGGAGGUGAUGCAGUGGGUGACAGCUGUUCUUGGGGAGAAGCUGCCGCCCGGGAGCUUCGAGGAUGUGUUCAAGGACGGUGUGAUCCUUUGCAACCUCAUGAACAAGAUCCAACCCAACUCCGUCAAGAAGAUUCAGACCUCGGGCGGCUCCUUCAAGCUCAUGGAGAACAUUCAGAGGUUCCAGGAGGCUGCCAAGAAGUACGGUGUGCCCCACGAGGAGAUCUUCCAGACCGCUGACCUCUUCGAGCGACGCAACAUUCCCCAAGUGGUCCUCUGCCUCUACUCCCUGGGUCGCAUUACCCAGAAGCACCCGGAGUACACGGGGCCGGGACUGGGACCCAAGAUGGCGGAUGAGCAGAAGAGGGACUGGGACGAGGACCAACAGAGGAUGCUGCGUGACGGACAGAUCGGGCUGCAGAUGGGUCAGAACAAGGGCGCCUCACAGUCAGGCAUGGGCUCCCUCAACAACACCCGCCACAUGUAAGAGGAUCGAGGGUGGAAGCAACGAGACCCAACCCUCUUCUUCCUCCUCUUCUCCACGCCCUCUGUAGGACAACGAGGGGAGAGGCGACGCGGCCCCUCCCUCCUAUUUCUCCUCCUCCCUUCUUCACCUUCUCCUCCUCUUCCAAUCAAUUGUAAGAGGACGAGUGGAGAGGCGAUGCAACCUCCUCCUCUUCCUCUUCUUCCUUUCCUUUCUCCCAACGUUACCGGGAAACCAAACAUCCUCUUCCUCCUCAACCACCUCCUCUUAUUCCUCCUCCUCUUCCUUUUAUUCCUUUCCUUUCUCCCAACGUUACCGGGAAACCAAACACCCUCUUCCUCCUCAUCCACUUCCUCUUAUUCCUCCUCCUCUUCCUCCUGCUCUCCGAUAUACCGACGCCGAGCAAGCUGCGAAGUCUUCUCGUUCUGUAAUUAUUGUUCUGUUUUGUUAUUAUGAUUAUUUUUGUAUAAUUUCGUUUCCUUCCUCGCCCCUUACUCUUCUUCCCUCCUUCCUGCCUGCUCCUGCUCCUCCUUCCCUCCAAAUUUUCUCCCCCUUUAUCCCUCAUUCCGCUCCCCGUUCAUUACUGCCCCCUAUUGCACCUCCCUCUCUUCUAUACUUGCGAAUUUCACAAGGAUAUCCAAGGACUUGUCUCGAUCGUCUUGCGCCCCUUCCUCAGCAGCUUCAAAUAGGGAAUGGUCUUGAGCUUCAUUCAACACGCGUUUCUUUUAACCCCUUGGCCUUUACAAUGAGCAAGCCAAGUUGUAUCUUUUAGAAUAGUGCAGACAAUUGCCAUAGUAUUAAAUAGUUAGACAAGCGCGAGACUGUUUUGUUUUAGGCUAUAACGGUGUCUUGCCAUUCCAUCAUAAAGUCCAGCGUGUAAAGAUGCUGCAUAUCUUCUCCUUCCUUUAUAUUCAAUACCGAGCUUUUUUUCUUAUAAAUCUGUAUAAUCUCCCCUCCCUCCCUCUCUCUCUCUCUCUAUGUACCAGUUUACCUUUCCAUCCAUCCAUCAGCCUAUCUAUCUCUCCAGGGGGUUAGCAGGCAGGCAGGCAGGCAGCAGGACGUGAAGGUCAUCUGUCUAGCUUCUGCUGCGACACUGUAUGUAGAUAGUUCUCUUAGUAACGUUGAAUCGCCAUUAUUUUUUUACUUUCCUCGUCGAUUUUGUUUCGAUUUUGUUUUUGAUUCCGUUCGGCUGGAGUUUAUGUGUAGCUCUCACACCUGUACACUCACACCUGUACGCUCACCCAGACGCACCUACACCCACAUCCACACACGGUUGCAAGGGUGGCGUAUACACAUGUUGGCGGUGGACGCUUGUGGAGGAGUGAGAGGGAGGGACGAAAGGCAAAUAUAAAUACGACACUCAGAGGCGACGUAACCAAUAAUGCAUCGUCUGAGCACUGACAGCAAAAUAAAUGACCGCCUAGCGACCUCUCCUUCUCUCCCCCACUCUCCCGAACGCCAGCCACUGCAUCUUACACAUAGACAAACAGACAGACAGAUAAACAUAGACAGACAGACUGAGAAACGGAGUAUCAAACACAGAUACAAACAAACAAGCACACACUAUAUUAUGAUUAUUAAAUAAACGGUACUUAUGUAAA